AUGACAACAGUAACAAGUUCAAUUGACUUAACUAAACAAACCGAUAUAUGUUACAUUUCAAAUUUAAUCAAUUCAAAUAACAUGAUCAACAUGAAUGGUCAUAAUGUUGACACUGACAAUGAUAAUAAUGAGAAUGAGAAUAAGUAUCACAAUGAAACGAAUGAUAUUAAUAUUCAUCAUAAAACAUUGGAACAUUUACAACAAUUAAAUUUUCCUUCAAAUUUAUUAACCGAAAAUGAAAAUAUUAUCACAAUGAUGAAGCAAUUUAUUCAACAAUGUCAACAAUCCUCAUUCUCAUCUUCAUCAACAACAUCAUCAUCUUCGGUAUUAAAUAAUUCAGAUGAAUAUUUACGUAAUAAUCAUAAUGAUGAUAAUAAGCAUCAACCAUUGAACACAUUGAGUAAUUCUGAUGAAUUUGAACAAGAAAAUGAAGGACAAAAAUCAUUCCUCAUAUCUGAUCUUUUAAAUACAAAUAAUACAAUUGAUGAAUAUGAAGAAAACCAUACGAAAUUAUUGUCAAUAGAACAGAAAAUUAAAUCAGAAGCAGAUCAAUUUCUUGACCAAUCAUCAAUUGACUUAAAAUCCAAAUUAUCGAAUGAACAAAAAUCAUCAAAUUCAACUUUUCAAUCUACGAAUAUUAAUCCAUCUUUUCUAACAUCUAAACAAAACUCAUCAUUUUCAUUAAAUCAAAUUAUACAAUUAAAAAAUUCCACAUUCAAUCAUCAACCCAUUCAAUCAACAAAUCAUGAUGUACAGACAAACAAAAAUUGGCAUACAAAAACUUGUAAACGUAGAUUAACUGAUAAAACUUUACAAACAACUAAUCAAAAUCAUGUAAAAAUUAAACGUUCAAGAGAAAUUAACCAUUUACCGUAUUCUUUAUUAUCAAUAAAAUCAUCUAAAGACAAUGGAAAGAUGAAUAGUGAAACAGAUGAAUAUUUCAAUACACACUAUCAACAACAACACCAAGUACCAUAUCAUAGACUAUUUGAAUAUAAUACUACCAUUCAUAAUAAUAAUCUAGAUUUAUAUUCAUUGAAUCAUAAAUCUCAUACAGAACUAAUCAAUAAUUCUUGCAGAAAUUCAAAUCAAAAUGAUAAUCAUCAUGAUGGCGAUGAUGGCGAUGAAAAUUGUUGUUUGUAUGAACUUGAUGAUGAAAAUGAUAGUAAUGUAGGGGAACACGAUGAAGUUGAUUAUGAAAAUGAUGAGAAUGAGAAAAGUGAGAAAAAUGAUGAAAAUGAGAAUGAGAAUGACUCAGAUGAGGACAAUGAUGAUGACGAUGAUGAUGAUGAUGAUUAUAAUUUUAAAAAAUGUUUAAAAUCUACUAAAAACAAAAAUGGUAGUAGUAGUAUUAGUAGUGGUAAUGUAAAUGAUUCAACUAUGAAACCAAGACGUGCAAGAACUGCAUUUACUUAUGAACAAUUAGUUACAUUAGAAAAUAAAUUUAAAAUGACACGAUAUUUAUCAGUAUGUGAACGUUUAAAUCUUGCUUUAUCAUUAAAUCUAACAGAAACACAAGUAAAAAUUUGGUUUCAAAAUAGACGAACAAAAUGGAAAAAACAAAAUCCUGGUAAAGAUGUGAAUAUUCAAAAUGAUAAAUCGUUCAUUUCAAAAGUAAUGCUACCGUCUACAUCAUCACUAUCAUCAACAAUAAUGACUACAGUUCCAAUGUCAAGUAUACUUUCAUCGAUUCCGUCUAUACCGUCUGUUCAAUCCUUAGGUGUUCAUCGUCGUCAUCAUCAUUAUCAUAAUCAUCCUCAUCUUCAUUCACAACACAAUCAACCAGAAAUGGAAGCUUUCGCACAGCUAUCUAAACUGUAUUAUGAAGCAUCAUUGUCUAACAGAUCAAUACCAAAAGAAAUGUCAACACUGGAAUUCUUACGAACAAUAAACCAUAUGAUGAAUAAUAAUAGUUCACUUAGUUCACCAACAGUAAAUAAUAAAAACUCUCCAGAUUAUAAACAAAAUAAUGAUUCAGUCAAACAAACAGCUUCGUUGGAUUUAAACAAAUAUUCUAAUCUUUUAGAAUAUUAUCAACAAAUAUGGUCAUCUUUAAAUAAUCAAAAUAAUAAUUUUAUGCAUAAUAAUCAUUCAAAUUCACAACUGAACAAUGAAAUAUUCACUGGUGAUAUUAAACACUCAACCAGUUCAAUAAAUACGCUCACAUCUGAUUUGUACUCUGAUCAUUUUAAAUCAAUCAUAGAUAAAAAUAUAUUCCAACAAAUUGAUAUUCAUAAUCAGAAUGACAAUGCUGAGAAAUCUACUUUGAUAAAUAUCAAUGAACCUUAUCUAGAUCAUAAAAUUUUUAACAAAAGAGAAUUAUUCAAUCCUAUUAAAAAUAUGUUCAAUGAAUCAAUUAAAUCAUUACCUACAAAUACAUAUCCAAUUUUAUUUAAACCACUAUCUACAAAUGAAUCUAAAAUCCCUGUAUCAUUGAAUCAGGAUCAAGGUGAAAUGACACCAUAUUCUAUUGAACACAAUGAAAUAAGUCAAAUAAAACAAGCAAAUGAUAAAAAUAAUACAUUGAAUAAUAAACAAAAUGAAGUAAUAUGGAAUAAAAAUGCAAUGACUGCAGCUGCCUACGCCAUGUUGACAAAUUCAUUUGAACACACAAAUUUAAAACAAUACUUAAAUCAAUGGACAGAUAAAAAUGAAUUGUUCAAUUCAAUCUCAAAUAAUACUACUACUAAUAGUAAUAAUCAAAAUUUAUCAAUAGAAACAAAUUCUAAAAAAUUAGAUUUAUCUAAAACAAAACCGUCAAAUAAUAAUGACAAAAAUGAUGUUGAUGAUGAUGAUGAGGAUACAGACGAUGUCGAUCAUCAACAUUAUACUUCAACAAGUCCAUCCGGUUUACCACAUUCUACAACCUCUUCGUCAACUUCAUCACCACAUACAACACAUUUAUUUCAUGUUGAACAACAAUCAUCACCAGUUGAUUCAAUCAAUAAAUUAAAUGAUAAUUUACAUAAUCAUAAUACUCUUCAAUUGAUCAAUUGA